CCCUCGGCCCGCAUGCGCACCCAGUUCUGAGCGGCCUGAGGAAAUUUCCUCUUACACUCCCUCGGCAGCAGGCUCCAGUUUCUCCUCCUAUCUUCUCCAUUUUACUAGUCCCUGCAGGAUUUCACUAGAAUAUUGUUUGGAGAAGGUAUGGAAGUUCUGCGCCCACAGCUUGUAAGAAUUGGUGGACGGAUUUACAGAAAAAAUCCCGUCCAAGAACAGACUUAUCAACAUGAAGAAGAAGAUGAAGACUUCUGUCAAGGCUUUGUGGAGUGUGCAGAGGAGCCCUGUGAUGCCUACGAGGUGGUGCAGACCCAGCAAGGUUUCCGGUGUACCGUGAAGGCCCCCAGUUUGCUCUACAAGCAUAUAGUUGGCAAAAGAGGGGACACUAGGAAGAAACUAGAAGUGGAAACCAAAACAUCUAUUAGCAUUCCUAAGCCUGGACAAGAAGGAGAAAUUGUAAUCACUGGCCAGCAUCGAAGUGGUGUAAUUUCAGCUCGAACUCGGAUUGAUGUUCUUUUGCUCACUUUUAGAAGAAAGCAACCCUUCACUCACUUCCUUGCCUUUUUCCUCAAUGAAGCUGAGGUUCAGGAGCGAUUCCUGAAGUUCCAGGAGGAAGUACUGGAGAAGUGCUCCAUGGAUCAUGGGGUUGACAGCACCAUUUUCCAGAAUCCCAAAAAGCUUCACCUAACCAUUGGGAUGUUGGUGCUUUUGAGUGAGCAAGAGAUCCAGCAGACAUGUGAGAUGCUACAGCGGUGUAAAGAGGAAUUCAUUGAUGACAUUUCUGGGGGGAAACCCCUAGAAGUAGAGAUGGCAGGGAUAGAAUACAUGAACGAUGAUCCUGGCAUGGUGGAUGUUCUUUAUGCCAAAGUCCAUAUGAAAGAUGGCUCCAACAGGCUGCAGGAAUUAGUCGAUCGAGUGCUGGAAUGUUUUCAGGCAUCUGGACUAAUAGUGAAAGAGUGGAAUAGUGUGAAACUCCAUGCGACAGUGAUGAACACUCUAUUCAGGAAGGACCCCAAUGCUGAAGGCAGGUACAAUCUCUACACAGCGGAUGGGAAAUACAUCUUCAAGGAGAGAGAAUCAUUUGAUGGGCGAAACAUUUUAAAGGUAUGAUGAUGUCAAACGUGAUGCUGAUGCUACAGUUACAG